CGGCGUGUGCGCGGUGGGAGCGCGGGACGGCACGGGGCCGAGAGCGGGCGCAGGGUGCGCGGUGCGGUCGGGCGGUCGCUGGCGGGUCCGCGGGGCGGCGCUGCGCGGGAUGGAGCGGGACUUGCUGCUGGCGCUGCAGCUGCAGGCGCAGUGGGAGGCGGAGGACAGGGCGGCGGCGGCACCGGAACCGGCGGCGGCACGCCGCGAGGCCUCACCGCCGCCCGAGGCCCUCCGCCCGCUCUCAGUGGUGGAUGAGGCCUGGGAGCUGCUGGAUCCCAACCCCGACCUGCGCGGCCUCUUCGUGCACUUCAACGAGACUCUCUUCUGGGGGCGCCUCUCGGCUGUCGAGGUGUCCUGGAGCUCGCGCAUGACGCUCUGUGCUGGAGUGUGUCGCUACGAAGGAAACGGUGGAAUGUGUUCCAUUCGUCUAAGUGAGCCACUCCUGAAGUUAAGACCAAGGAAGGAUCUUGUUGAGACGCUGUUGCAUGAAAUGAUUCAUGCCCUGCUUUUUGUUACUGAUAAUGACAGAGAGCGUGAGUCUCACGGACCCAAGUUCUGCAAACACAUGCGCCGCAUUAACCGCUUGACUGGAGCCAAUGUCACGAUCUAUCACAGUUUCCAUGACGAGGUGGAUUUGUACCGCCAGCACUGGUGGCGAUGCAACGGCCCCUGUCAGAACAGAAAACCUUAUUUUGGGUACGUGAAACGUGCCACAAAUAGAGCUCCCUCUGCACGGGACUUUUGGUGGCGUGAGCACCAAGAGGCCUGUGGGGGCACAUUCAUCAAAGUGAAGGAGCCAGAGAAUUACUCUAAGAAAUCCAAUGCAAAAACUCAGCCAGCAAAACUGCCAGAUUCUGAGUCCACUAACAAAGGCAACACACCAAUGUGUGACAGGCAAGAUCUGGUGCCUUUUAGUGGGAAGGGAUAUCGACUUGGAGGAGGGGACGGUGGACUCUCAGCAAAAAACACAGGUUCCAGCAGCAGUGUUAGAAGCAAAGACACACCUGGAUCACAGCAUCGUUCAGUGGUGACAGCAAUACCGAUCCCUAAAAAUGAGAUAAAGCUUGAAAAGUCACCCCGUAGUGGUAUCUUCUUUCCUCUUUAUACCGAUGGUGCCAGUGAGAAAGUCGACUUGGCUUCAAAGCGUGAGUUUCCUGAGCUCUCUAACACAAAAUCUUGCAAGGAUGUUAGUGGACUGCCUGUUAAAAUUCCUCGCGUUGUGGAAAGAGGUUCUGCGAGUGGCAAGGCGGUUGCGCCAUCUUCUGGCAGGCCACUGAAACAGAUUUGGCUUGAGCAGACAACAGCAGCUCAGGUUGCAUCUGAGAAAAAAAGCUCAGACUGUCCCAAUACUCUGCGGCAGUGGCCGAAGCUAGAAGACAAAAACGCCUUUGAGAACUAUUUCAUUAAAGGAGGAAGUCAUGAUGUCACUUUACGGACAAACUCACCUGUAAAACCCAAAACUGAAUCUCCAGUGACCUCUGCAAGUUCCAGCACUGCUGUAAGGCAGGAUAACAAAGUCCAUUGUCCUGUUUGCCAGACUCAGGUUCUCCAGUCUAAAAUAAAUGAACACCUCGAUUCCUGUCUCACAUGAAGCCCUUCAGAAAACUCUCUCAAAAGGAUUAACUUAGAGCCCAGAACAUUUCUUGAAAAACACUCUCCUCAAGGUUCGCUUUGCUCUAGUUUCUUCCCUAUGUGCCUCGCCUGAGCUGGAAUUUAAACCACUCAGUGAGCUGAACACGUGCCAUGGAGCUGCACAUCACUAGGAAACCAGCUGCUACUUGUCUUCCAAAGAAUCCAGUACUCAGGUGGAUGUUUGUGCCAAGGUUCUUGCUGCAGAAUCUGUCUCAUCCAAGAGAAGGUGGAGAUCUGCCCAGCUGCCUCUCUCCAAGGCAGCUUUUAAAACGAAGGCGCUUUUAAUCCUGUUCCUAAGACCCCCUUUGUCCUGUUAUUUAAGUGUUUCUUGCCAUUCUUAAGCACCUAUAAUAAAUACUAUUCUGUUU